AUAUCGCAAUGGGUGGAAGAUUGGAUUGAGCCGAGCAAGGCAGUGAUGAGCUUAGCAGUCACACUGUGCCUCAUCGGGCUUAUUGCUCUGCUACUGUGGAGAAAAUGCAUAAUCGCGCCGGCUGCCCUGAUGCGCGCCGCUAUUUAUUUUUUUGACAGUGACGAAACAUUCAGGUGUUUGGGAUGGCUGAUAUCGUUGCUGGUGGCUCGCUUCUGUCACUGUCGCUCGGUGCGCUUGGGGAAGUGCGGCUUCUUCUAUGUACAACAGAUCAAGCUCUCGCUGCUCAGCGGUAUCGUUAUCGAAAUCGAUGAUUUACGUCUGACAAGCAGCUUCUUCAGCACACAGUAUUCGAAGCCAAUCGUUAUCACCGUUAGCGAUAUUCGUAUAGAAGGCGAAUGCAGUCAACACGCAACAUCUUAUCGCCAACAGUAUCAGCGAAGCGAUGUGGAACGCUGUCUGUAUUGGUUGCAAGUAAUACCUUUUUAUCCGCGCAAGAAAUCCGAGUGCCCGCUCGUUGCUUUGCUUAUGGAAAUGGCGAGAAGUUUUCCUCUGUUAUGGUGCUUGAAUUGUCUAAAUACGUCACGGGGUUCAGUGGAUUUUUCAUGCUGGGCUUUACUGAGAUAG